AUGGCGACUGCUUCCGGUCCAGCGACAUAUUUCUACAACGACACGAGCCUGCCCGAAGCACAGCGUCAAUACCUCAAGGGUCUCGCCGAUGCUGCCGCCAUUCAGAAUCUAGACGAGGACGUGCGCAAUUAUGUCCGGGCCAUCACCAUCGCCUUUACCGUUCUGGCCACAAUCGUGGUCGGGAUGAGGCUAUGGGCACGACAACUUCAAGCGGCCAAGAUUAUGAUUGAUGAUUAUGCCAUGCUGGCGGCUCUGGCUUUGUUGUAUGGCAAUAUGAUCAUCAAUCUUGUUCUUGUGGAUUAUGGUAUCGGUUUACAUUCGGGCCGCCUCCCGUAUGAAUCGAUCGAGCUUAUUAACAGGACAUUGGUUGGAGCCGAACUCCUCUAUGUUACUACCAUCAAUCAGUACAAAAUCGCACUCCUCCUCCUAUACCUUCGCAUCUUUCCCAUGGCCCAAGUCCGAAAAGGUGCCAUGUGGUGCGGUGCCUUGACACUUGGAUGGAUGCUCGCAUGUUGGAUAGCUGCCUGCCUCCAGUGCAUACCUCUUGUGAAAGCUUGGAAUCCUUGGGUCCAGGGUCAAUGCAUCAACCUCUUCUUGACCCAGCUGUGCAUUUCUAUACCGAGCAUCAUUGUCGAUAUUGCCAUCCUCGCAUUGCCGAUUCCACACGUACUCAAGCUGCAGCUGAGUCCUUGGCAGAAAUACUUGGUCAUGGGAACGUUUUUGCUUGGUAGCUACGUCGUUUUCACCAGCUGCUAUCGAUUCAGGAUAUUUCUGGAUUAUACGACGAGUGACGUCCCUUACUCAAUCGCCGAUGGAAUCGCUUGGAAUAUUAUCGAGCUCAGCAGCGGCAUCGUCUCGGCCUGUUUGCCCACUCUGGGUCCCAUCGUCCGUCUCGGCAUCAAAGCAUUCGGCAGCGUGGCCGACGCAACCGGCCUGUCCAGCUACGCCAAAUCAUCAUCCAGAACCGGUAACGGAACGUCCAGUGACCCCCACGCCAGCGGAAGAUCUCGCGGUAAGAGCUGGUCCAAGCUCGGCGAUGCGGGUGCUUCUCGCAACAACGAUUCCAAGGGCCCGCUCCAGACCAUCGGGUCCCAGCCGGUCAGGCAAGGUCAGCCUAGAGACAGUGACUCGGAAAUGGAGUUACACAUCAUGAGGGACGUUGCUGCACCGUCUCAGGUUGCCUACCGGCGGUAG